AUCCGUGUCUAGGAGUGACGUCAGUUUCCGCCGCGUUGGCGGUUGGCGUGACGCGUCAUCCGUGCGCGCGGGAGGCCGGGACCCGGAAGUGAGGGAUGGUGGAGGUGCUGCGUGUUGCCCGGUGCAGCCAGAAAGGAGGCGAACGAGUUUCUACAUGAGAUGGCUUCUUUUGGUUUUCCUUGCAAGAAAUUAACAAGAUAUAACAUUGGCAUUACACAAAUGGAAAAUUUUGUUCAGUGGUCAUUAUGUUUCAAGGUUCCUAUUCGUACUAUUAGCUCUGGAAGAAAUGCUUGUGCCUUAUGAAUCUAUGACAUUAGGCUGACCCUAGAAGCCCUAACUGUUUGUGCAUGCUUCCUGUCCUGAUCUGGCUCCCUGUCUCGAAAUGGGUAGGAUCAGCAUCUCGUGCCUGUUUCCUGCUUCCUGGCACUUUAGUCUUUCCCCAGUUGGGUGUCCUCGGAUACUGAACACCACGCUAAGGCAGAUUGCAGUCAUUGGGCUCCUGGCUCUUGCCUUUUUCUUGCUGUACUAUUCUGUUUUAAAAUAUAGUGGCCACAGGGACAAAAGAAUGCACAGGCAUCUUGCUCGAGUAACAGACACAGAAGCGACAGAUACCAGCAACCCCAAGCUAAACUAUGGCAUCAUGGUCGACUGUGGGAGCAGUGGGUCUAGGAUAUUUGUGUAUUGGUGGCCCAGACACAACGGCAAUCCACAUGAUUUACUGGACAUCAAACAAAUGAGGGACAAAAACAGACAACCAGUGGUUAUGAAAAUUAAACCAGGCAUUUCAGAAUUUGCUACCUCUCCUGAGAAAGUCAGUGACUAUAUUUUCCCACUUUUGAGCUUUGCUGCAGAACAUGUGCCCCGUGCAAAACACAAAGAAACACCUCUCUAUAUUCUUUGCACAGCAGGAAUGAGAAUCCUGCCGGAGAGCCAGCAGAAGGCAAUCCUCGAAGACCUCCUUACCGAUAUUCCGGUGCAUUUUGAUUUUCUCUUUUCGGACUCACAUGCAGAAGUUAUUUCUGGAAAACAGGAAGGAGUAUAUGCAUGGAUCGGCAUCAACUUUGUUCUUGGGAGAUUUGAGCAUACAGACGAUGAAGACGAUGCUCUAGUGGAGGUGCAUAUCCCUGGCAGUGAGAAUAAGGAAGCCGUUGUUCGAAAGAGGACUGUGGGUAUACUUGACAUGGGUGGUGUGUCAACUCAAAUAGCCUAUGAAGUCCCUAAAACUGUAAGCUUUGCCUCUUCACAGCAGGAGGAAGUGGCGAAAAACCUCCUGGCUGAGUUUAAUUUGGGAUGUGAUGCCCACCAAACUGAACAUGUGUACCGAGUCUAUGUGGCCACCUUUCUCGGCUUUGGUGGGAAUGCUGCCCGGCAGAGAUAUGCAGACAGCAUAUUUACCAAUACAGUAUUUAGAAACAGGCUCUUUGGCAAACAGGAUGGCAUGACUUUGGACACCCCCUAUUUGGAUCCUUGCCUGCCUCUAGACGCUCAGGAUGAGAUCCAGCAUAAUGGGCAGACAAUGUACCUCCGAGGGACGGGAGACUUCCAUCUCUGCCAGGAUGUUAUUCAGCCAUUCCUGAACAAGACAAACGAAACACAUACUUCCUUGAAUGGCAUCUAUCAGCCCCCGGUGCACUUUGAGAACAGCGAGUUCUAUGGGUUUUCUGAGUUCUAUUACUGUACUGAGGAUGUGUUAAGGAUGGGAGGAGACUACAAUGCCACUAAAUUCACCAAAGCUGCACAGGAUUACUGUGCAACAAAGUGGUCAGUUUUGAGGGAACGGUUUGAUCGUGGUCUUUACGCAUCACAUGCAGAUCUUCAUCGCUUGAAGUAUCAGUGCUUUAAGUCGGCCUGGAUGUAUGAGGUGUUUCACAGCGGCUUCUCUUUCCCCUUAAAUUACGUAAACUUAAAAACCGCAUUGCAGGUCUAUGAUAAAGAGGUGCAGUGGACGUUGGGGGCCAUCCUCUAUCGGACACGAUUUCUGCCUUUGAGAGAUAUCCAGCAAGAGAACUUCCGGGGCAGUCACUCCCACUGGCGCAGCUUCUCCUUUGUUUACAACCAUUACUUAUUCUUUGCCUGCUUCUUCAUCGUGCUGCUGUCCAUCCUGCUAUAUCUGCUGCGCUUGCGGCGGAUUCACCGACGAAUGUUGCACAGUGGCUCAUCUCCCUCCCUCUGGAUCGAGGAAGGCCUCCCAUCACAGAAGAUCCCAGGGGCCUUAUAAGGUGCUGAGCACUAAGCCUAAGACUUGCUCAAGAAAAGCCAUUGUUUUGCCUCAGGGUUCUUCUCCCACCCCUAGAAACUGCUGUCUGGGUGUCUUGCUGCUGUUCAGGAAUCAAAAGGAGAAACUUCAGCCCUGGAGGACUGAGUUUAAAAGCAGGGUCAAACAUGGCUGGGCUGGACUGAGGGAAACAUCAGCCAAUAUUAUUUUAUAGUUGUUAUUUUAAAAGUAAAUGCACUUUGAGAGGGAGGGGGAUCAGGAACAGAAAGGGUGGGACACUGAAGUCUUGAUGCCAGUAAAGGAGAAAAUAGCAAACUUAUUUGUCCUCAGUAACUGAUGCGAUUGUUCUCUCACAAUGUGGCAAGUCCACAUCUGGGCUUUUUCAUGUCACAUCCAUGAGAGCCCAGAUGUUUUGAAGCCUUCAAUUUUAUUUAUUUAGCAUCAGAAAACACUCCUGGAGCAGCUUAGAAAAAAAUAAUAAUAGGCCAGCCCUUGCUCACAACCUUUAUCCAAGCUCAAAGGCAAAGUGGGGAACUGGGACACUAAUUCUUACUUACACAUCUCUUACAAGAACCUAUCUCCUGCUGAUCUGCAUGAGAGAAUCCUCAUUUAAGAACGACCUAAAGCAGUUGCUGGAAACAUUUUUUUCUGUCCUCCACAAUAGGAAAUUUCAAACAGGCUGCAUAAAGUUAUGGAAUAAUUACACAUAAUCCAAAAAACAAUGUGUUGGGAAGAUACUGUAGGGGAGUUGCCAUCUCCUGUCUUCUCAGGUUGGGAUUGAAGUCAGAAAGGCUGGGAGGGUGCAAAUAAAGACACAGGCCUGUUCCUUCUGCCGGGGGAUAUUUGCGCAGGAGAGAGUCCAGCAAAGUAGAUGCUCGGGCCAUCUAGCAGGGGAACUCAACUGACUGUUUCUUGAUGAGAAUGUGAGAAAUUAGAUACAAAAAGGAGAGGAUGGAAUGAAGUAGAGAGAGAAUUUCAGGCCACCUCCAAAAAAGGGGAGAUCUUAAUUGAGCCUUUUACUUGUAUAUGCAAUUAACUGUAUUGCAAGGCUUCCGUCAAAUCCUCUGUUGCUGCUUCAGUUAGGGCGAAGAGUGUUAAAAAAAGUCUUUACUUUAGUUAAUCCUGUACGGGACAGAGCCAGUCUAAACUCCUUGCUCAGUUCAGGAUGUAAAUUUGAUUUCCUAAGAAGCUGACUUAGAACGACAAAGCUGACCCUCAGUCUGGGAAGAGCUGAAAAACCGAGACUGGAACUUGCUAAGAUGUGAUGCGUGCACCAUCCUUGCAAUAUUGCAAUGGACAAAGCUUUGCAAAAUGCACCAAUGACUUUGAACUGCCAGCCUUGGCCGGAGCGUUCUUUGUGUGCCUGGGUAGCAGCUGUUGCGCUGUGACGGAGAUUGUGUGUAUGUAUGUAUGUAUGGUGUUUCAUUUUUUGAUCUGACAGAAGAGUGUCGGGCAUUUUGGGUAAUGAAGAAUUGGGAAAGACUGAGGAGCACUGGAAUGAUAACAUGUCUGCAGUCACUUCCACGUUUCAGGCUAUAGGUGGCUUUCUUUUUUUACUUGAAAGGUCAUGUUCAUAAUUUAAGAUGUUGUUUAUGUUCAAAUACAAGCUUUAUCAUCUUUAAAGAAA